CAUAAACUAUUAUCUAAACCGGUUACAUCUGAGUCAGACCACACCACUUACUAAACCAAUUGUAAAAACCGGUUGGACAACCAAAUUUCCUUCUCACUUCACUCUCGCGAGUCGCGACUCGCCCCAAUUCCGAUUGUUCAAUUCCCUUCAUUCUCGCCCCUCUCGACGAAUCUUUUCCCUUCUCCUCCUUCCCUCCGCCUUCGUCGUCUCCAGUGACUACUAAUCGACCAUCACUUUCGACGUUGGCCACUUCUGUCCCACUUUCCUGCGAACCCCCAUCUCUUUCUGCGCUGCCGCCACUUUCCGAGGCAAAUCCCACUGCCGCCGUCCGUGAAACUAGACGCUUCUCACAGCGUUGAGACCUGUCCGGUCACUGUCACUGCCAGUCUGAGGAAGCCAGCUAGUAGUAGUUGCUCUGAGUUCACCGCUGCCGUCGGUAUCCAUCUCUUUUGUUUUUUUGUUUUUAUUGUUUUGUUCUAUAUGAAUGCGAGUAUGAUAUCGCUGGGAAUGGGAGGGGGAGUUUAUUGGCGACGGAAUUGGUUGGUUCAGUUCAAAAAUCAAAUUUGGUUAUAGCUCUUUUCUUUCACUUAAACUUGCCAUCCCAUUGCAAUGUCAUUUGGAAGGCCGAAGGUUCUUUUAACUUUUGGCUUUGCCUGUAUGUAUGAGAAUGGUUUGUAAUGGAUGGGCAUGGUGCAAAGCUAGGUUUCUAAUAUCCGAAGAUGUGAAUUCAAUGUAGUUUGGGCUAGCCGAGGACUGGGUUGUUCUCCGUGUGACAAAUGUAUUGCCUAUCUCGCUAGCCUAAAUAAUUUGGCAUGCGAAGCUGAGAAUUUUCAAACAAUUUUCCUUUUCAAGCUUUUGACGGAGGACUAGUUUUCUGAUCUACUUGAUUCCUGGACGCUUCCCUAAGAAAGAUGAGAGUGUAUCUUGCUUAGUUUCUUUUUGUGGUACUGACCUUUUCAUUUGCUCCAGGAUAGAGCAAGUACUCUGCAAAUAUGCACAAAAUUCCCCGCCUCAUAUCGCGACUGUCAUCAACCACUCUAGGCACAAGUGUUUCUGCAUCGAGAUUUCUGAAGGAAAAAAAUGCACCUGCAUUUGGUUCUGAAGCAAGUCAUCAACUCAUAAAGACCUGUGGCUUUUCUUCAAAGCCGGGCGGUGGUGGUCAAGAUGAAGGAACGAAUGAAUGGGAAAAUGCUGCUACCGGCGGAUCAUCCUUUGGGUCCGAUGAUCUGGGAUGGGACUCUGUUUCAUCAUGGUCGACUGGCUUGACCAAGGAUCAUUUCGAUGGUGAGAUGGUUGGCAAGAUGUCUAGUAGUUCUGCUGGCAAUGCUGCUUCUCAGUCUUUGGCAAUAUCUGAGUUGCAAGAUCUUGAUGAUAAGUUGAAAGAAUUGGAUGCUGAGAACAGGAAGGGCAAGUCUUUUGUUGAUGGAUGGGGGCAGAGGUUGCGCGAGAUAAGUGGGUUGUUGAAGCAAGUAGAGGAGCCUGGUGCCAGAGGUUCUUAUCUGAAGGAUUCGGAGAAGGCAGAGAUGUAUCGAUUGCACAAGGAGAACCCUGAAGUUUACACUAUUGAGAAACUUGCCAAGGACUACAGAAUCAUGAGGCAGAGGGUGCAUGCUAUUCUCUGGCUCAAGGAAGAGGAGGAGGAAGAGAGAAAGCGUGGUCGUGUCUUAGAUGACUCGGUCGAACUUCUGCUUGAUACCUGCCCAGAAUUUUUCAUUUCCCAUGACCGAGAGUUUCAUGUAGCAUCCCUUCCUUACAAACCUGAUUUCAAGGUGAUGCCAGAGGGUUGGGAUGGUACGACCAGGGAUCCUGAUGAAGUCCACUACGAGAUAUCCAAGAAAGAGGAUGAAAUGCUCUAUCAGGAGUUCGUCCAGAGGAUGGAAUUCAACAAAAUGAAAAUUGCUGGGAAGGUGAAAUGCCACAAAUACAGUAGGCGGCGGCCAGCUGAAGGCUGGAACUUCACGGUGGAGAAAAUGGGACCUCAAGGGAAACGUGGCGGUGGUGGUGGCUGGAAGUUCGUGAGCUUGCCUGAUGGGUCUAGCCGACCUCUAAACGAGACGGAGAAAGUAUAUGUAAAGCGGGAGACUCCACGGAGGAGGCGCAAGAUUUUCCCAUGAUGAUGAUGACCAAAUCUAGUAUGGCAAAGGUAUUAUUAGGAGAAGUUAUAAGAGAACAUGUAGGAGAACGGGUAGCUACUAAAUAAGAACGAAAGACUGCUGUUGGGUUCUGCAUCUGGCUAGCUAAUAGUCUGCACUUUAGGAUUUUAAAGCCGAUUGUCACUCAAUAUUUUGCAUGGGGAAGCGACUUUUUGUUGUUGGGUCUAAGGAUUGGAAACCUGCAAUGAAACAGCUUUGGAGCG